ACUAAGUAAUGACUAUAUAUAAGUUGAGCCAAUGAGAAACGAUUCUCUCAUAGCAAACAUUUAUAUUAUUUGACUUAUAGGCACUUCUUUUUUUCACCAAUGUCAGCUCUUACUUUCCCAAUCGGACCCGUUCAUCACUUGAUGCCGGUUCUAGCUUUUGGAACAGCCGCGUCACCUCCACCAGAACCGAUGGUGCUGAAGAAAACGGUGUUGGAGGCCAUCAAGCUUGGUUACCGUCACUUUGACACGUCUCCGAGGUACCAGACUGAGGAGCCGUUAGGUGAUGCUUUGGCUGAGGCGAUUAAUCUUGGCUUAGUCCAAUCUCGAUCCGAACUCUUUGUCACUUCUAAGCUAUGGUGUGCUGAUGCUCAUGCCGGCCUUGUUGUACCAGCCAUCGAACGGAGUUUGAAAAAUCUUAAACUGGACUAUCUCGAUCUCUACCUGAUUCAUUGGCCUGUUAGCUCGAAACCCGGAAAAUACAAGUUUCCUAUAGAAAAAGAUGAUUUUCUGCCAAUGGAUUAUGAAACAGUCUGGUCAGAGAUGGAAGAGUGCCAAAGACUUGGAGUUGCAAAGUCUAUAGGAGUAAGCAACUUCUCUUGCAAGAAGCUCCAGCACAUCCUCUCUAUCGCCAAAAUCCCACCUAGUGUCAACCAAGUGGAGAUGAGUCCAGUAUGGCAACAGAGAAAGCUGAGGGAGUUUUGUAAGUCAAAGGGCAUCGCUGUGACAGCUUACUCGGUGUUGGCAUCGAGAGGAGCCUUUUGGGGAAAUCACAAGAUCAUGGAGUCUGAUGUUCUUAAGGAAAUUGCUGAGGCCAAGGGUAAAACUGUAGCUCAGGUGAGUAUGAGAUGGGCUUACGAACAAGGAGUGAGCAUGGUGGUGAAGAGCUUUAGGAAAGAGAGAUUGGAAGAGAAUGUGAAGAUAUUUGAUUGGUCUUUGACGGAAGAGGAGACACAAAGAAUCUCGACUGAGAUUUCUCAGUCCAGGAUCGUUGACGGAGAGGUUUAUAUCUCCGAGAAAGGUCCAAUCAAAUCUGUCGCCGAGAUGUGGGACGGCGAGAUCUAAUCACUCUCUUUGUAUGAAAAUAUUAGCCUAGUGAAAACCAAGCAAUCAUCAUUUGUCAUAGUGAUUUAAUUUUGCAUUCCCUUAUAAUGAAUGAGUAAACGAUUCAUUGUGUAGACACAACAUUGUAAUCAAUCACUGAGAUUGAAUUCACAACGAGGAGGCUCACAGUGCACAUUGAACAAUC